UGCCAACUUGAAAGUAUCAUCAUUCGUUAAAGUUCUCUUCUGUAGACAACAGCUUAAUCGACAAAAAAAUCUCCAAAAUGUUCGCUAAAGUGAUCCUCCUCGUCGCCAUGGCCAUCGCCUGUGCCAACGCAAAGCCCCUGCUGGCAACCCUGGCCGCCGCCCCAGUCGUAGCAGCGGCCCCAGCCGUGGUGACCGCCCAGAGUUCGCAGUACAUUGCCCGGAACUACAACGGAGUUGCCGCGGCAGCUUACACUGCUGCUCCGCUAGCCUACACCGCUCCAGCUGUUGCGGCGGCCUACACCGCGGCUUACACCGCACCCUACGCCGCUGCCUACCCGUACGCUGCUGCUCCGGUGGCCGCCGCUGCCUACACCGCGGCUCCGUACUAUCCGUAUGUGCUGUGAGGAAGUGACUAGUCUUGGAAACACGUGGAACUGAAAAAAAUAACACUGAAUAGAAAUAGCAAAUGGCAAACU